UCCGUUUCCGCUGCUUGGGUAGCUAAGCAACAACAGUGAGGUACGGAAGGAAGUUUCAAGGAAGAUACCCAGUUGAUAACACGAUAAUACAUCUCUUUGAUUCCUCCCAUCGGACUUAUGAUAACUACGAACAUGAGCAGAUAUGGACAGCAAAUGUUACUGAAAUAAUUAUCAUAGGUCCUGGGCACUGGGCCUUCCCCAGUUGAUCAUCUCUUGUAGCCAAAUACAAUUUUGGUCGAAAAUUAUGGCGGACAGCGUCAAAGUUGUCGAUAACCGCACUUUCAAGCGUUAUCAUGCCCGGGCAUCAUCUGGGCACAUACACAAAGGUGGAACAUAUAGUAUCAGACCUGAAAUUGGUCACAGCAUUGUUGCAGCGAACGCAUCUAUCCCAACAAAGUUUCAGACAAUUGUCACAGAUAACAGUGAUAAAAAGGGAUUUCUUGCCAGAGCAAAGCGUUUCAAAGAGGAUGCUUUCAUUACAGAAGCUCCACCACCAGGUUGCUAUGGUGACAUUCCAAAGGUUGAUAAAAUCAGCCCAUCCUACUCCAAAAAGGGCACAGGUUCCUUUGCUUCGAAAUCAAAGAGACAAGGUCGGUAUUUCUCUUCAGCGGGGCCUGGGCCUGGGUCAUAUGCUUUGCCCAGUCUCCUCAGCACACGCAAAGACUUCAACAAAUGUCAGGUGGAGAGACUGUUCCAGAUGCCCAUAGCUGAAGCGAGAGAAAAAAUAAAUGAAGUUCCAGCCCCCAACUCAUAUGAGGUUCUGAAGUACAAGAGUGGAAAGGCAAAUAAUGUCACCGCCAACGCUGCAUUUAAAUCAACGUCAAAGCGAGAGCUGAUGAAUUUAUCUGAACAAAAAAGAAAUCCUGCUCCAGGCCACUACGAAAUCAAUGAUGAUCCCCUACAUCAGAGCACAAAAGUGCCCUUCUCCAGUUUCAAGUCCACCUCUAAACGACAAAUGCAGCCUGAUGCUGAUGCUAUUCCUGGGCCAGGAGCGUAUGAUCCAAAUGCCCCGGUGGAGCAGCCGGCUAAGCUGAUAUUCCCACGUAAACACUACCUGUGCAUCUCUGCUCCUGCAAUGCCUCUGCCCAUGACACCUCCUGCACCUGGUCCCGGAGCAUACGAGGUUCGGAACUUUGAAGACGCGCCCAAGCACUACAUGUCUAGCUCGGCUUUUGUCUCCACCACAGGCCGCUGGGCUGUGCAGCCCACCAGUGGAGAAAUGCCGGGGCCAGCUCAUUACCGUCCUGUGAAUGUGGGCAAGCAGUCGUUCAUCUUCAACUCCUCAAGACGAUGGAUUUGAUCGCUGCAGUGAUAUAACAUUAGAAUUCAGGAAGAAAUUAAAACAGUUUUUACAUUGAACAAAAACUUUAUUUCCCUUAUGUGAUGCAUUUUAGGGUUUUUAUUGUGUUGCCAUGUGGUUGGAAUGAAAAUCAUGCGGAGCUGGUGAUCCUCAUCAGGAAAUAUGUUGCAAUCGUCACCACGUGCUUAAAAAAUAA